CGUCUUAGAAUCCCCUUCUUAACACUUCCGGAAUUCCUUUUCCGGGACGCGAACGCUUUGUGUGUGUUUGUGCGUGUGUGCGUGCAUGAGUCAAUACUAAAAGGAGUCCCUGCGAUUCUCCUCGCUCUCUUUUCUGCUACCACCUCCUUACUUUAUGGACCGGAAGAGUCCUUGAGCCAAAAUAGCUCGGCGGGUACUUCCGGGACGGGAGACCUGGGUUCCGGAAGGGUGCUGGAAGGAGAGGGAGAGGCGGCGGCGGCGGCAGCUGGAGGAUGAAGAAGGAGCAUGUGCUGCACUGUCAGUUCUCCGCCUGGUAUCCACUGUUCCGAAGCCUUACCAUCAAGAGCGUCAUUCUUCCACUUCCUCAGAAUGUGAAGGAUUAUUUACUCGACGAUGGAACUCUGGUGGUUUCAGGAAGGGAAGAUCCACCAACACAUUCUCAACCAGACAGUGAUGAUGAGGCAGAAGAAAUACAGUGGUCGGAUGAUGAGAACACGGCUACACUUACGGCACCGGAAUUUCCCGAGUUCACCACGAAAGUCCAAGAAGCUAUCAAUUCCCUGGGGGGCAGUGUAUUUCCUAAGCUUAACUGGAGUGCCCCAAGGGAUGCAUACUGGAUAGCAAUGAACAGUUCUCUGAAAUGUAAAACCCUCAGCGACAUCUUUCUGUUGUUCAAGAGUUCUGAUUUCAUCACUCAUGACUUCACUCAGCCAUUUAUUCAUUGUACUGAUGAUUCUCCAGAUCCUUGUAUAGAAUAUGAGCUUGUUCUUCGAAAAUGGUGUGAAUUAAUUCCUGGGGCUGAGUUCCGAUGUUUUGUAAAGGAAAACAAGCUUAUUGGUAUUUCUCAAAGGGACUAUACACAGUACUAUGAUCAUAUUUCUAAACAAAAGGAAGAGAUUUGCAGAUGCAUACAAGACUUUUUUAAGAAACACAUACAGUACAAAUUCUUGGAUGAAGACUUUGUGUUCGAUAUAUAUAGAGACAGUAGGGGGAAGGUGUGGCUGAUUGAUUUUAAUCCGUUUGGUGAAGUAACUGAUUCACUGCUGUUUACUUGGGAAGAACUGAUAUCUGGAAGAAACUUAAAAGGUGAUUUUAGUGAAGGAGAUGCUCUCGAGCAGGAUUCUCCAGCUUUCCGUUGCACAAACAGUGAAGUGACAGUUCAACCCAGUCCCUAUCUGAGUUACCGACUUCCCAAGGACUUUGUAGACCUGUCUACUGGGGAGGAUGCUCACAAACUCAUAGAUUUUCUUAAACUGAAAAGAAAUCAGCAAGAGGAUGACUGAUUUGAGUGCCAGAGUUAAGUCCGAGGUAAAGAGGAAACCACCUUGGCAUCAGAAGCCUGCUCUGAGCUCACAACUUCCUGUUACCCCACUCAGGUUGGGAUGGGAGGCAGAGUGAAAUCAAUAGCUUUUUAUAUCCCUGUAUAUUAAGCUGGGAAAAAAUGGAGGGACUUUGCUACUUGUAAAAAUAAAUAAUAAAUAGAUCUUAAAUAUAGGAAACCAUACUGUUCUGAUGAUAAAAUACCUUCUCUGAAAUACCUC